CCGCGCCGGCGUCGCCGCCACUGGGGCAGAGACGCCGGCGGCGCUCGGGCCGCGCCUUCCGCUGCGGCGGGCGGGCUGCCGGCGCGCGGCGCGGCGUGUCCCUGCCGGCGGCCCGUACGGGGCGGAGCCGCGGGCUCGGCGGCGCCGAGCGGAGCGGAGCGGGCGGCCAUGGCGUCGGGCAGCGCCAUCCAGAUCCCCAGCCGGCUGCCGCUGCUGCUCACGCACGAGGGCGUGCUGCUGCCCGGCUCCACCAUGCGCACCAGCGUGGACUCGCCGCGGAACAUGCAGCUGGUGCGGAGCCGCCUGCUGAAGGGCACCUCGCUGAGGAGCACCAUCAUCGGCGUCAUCCCCAACACCAGCGACCCCACCUCCGACUGCGACGACCUGCCCUCGCUGCACAGGAUUGGCACUGCUGCCUUGGCAGUUCAGGUGGUUGGCAGCAACUGGCCCAAACCACACUAUACAUUGCUGGUUACGGGCCUCUGCCGCUUCCAGAUACUGCAGCUGCUGAAGGAGAAGCCGUAUCCUGUUGCUGAAGUUGAACAGUUAGAUCGACUUGAGCAGUUUACUAAUCAGCAUAAAUCGGAGGAGGAACUUGGAGAGUUGUCAGAACAGUUCUACAAGUAUGCAGUGCAGCUAGUUGAGAUGCUGGAUAUGUCUGUUCCUGCCGUUGCAAAGCUGAGACGUCUUUUGGACAAUCUCCCUAGAGAAGCUUUGCCAGAUAUACUGACUUCUAUCAUUCGUACAUCCAACCAAGAGAAGCUUCAGAUUUUAGAUGCUGUUAGGCUGGAAGAACGAUUCAAGAUGACUAUACCAUUGCUUGUUAGACAAAUUGAAGGCCUGAAGCUGCUUCAGAAAACAAGAAAGCCCAAACAGGAUGAUGAUAAAAGGGUUGUAGCUAUUCGUCCUACUAGAAGAAUCAAUCACAUUCCAAGUGCUACAGAGGAUGAGGAGGAAGAGGAAGAUCAUGAUGAUGUUGUCAUGCUGGAAAAAAAGAUUAGAACAUCCAGUAUGUCAGAACAAGCUCUUAAAGUUUGUCUUAAGGAAAUAAAGAGAUUAAAGAAGAUGCCUCAAUCAAUGCCAGAAUAUGCUUUGACUAGAAAUUACUUGGAGCUGAUGGUGGAAUUGCCAUGGAACAAGAGUACAAAAGAUCGCCUUGAAAUUCGUGCAGCUCGAAUUCUUUUGGAUAAUGAUCAUUAUGCUAUGGAGAAGCUGAAGAAGAGAGUUUUGGAGUACUUAGCUGUCAGGCAGCUUAAAAACAACCUCAAGGGACCCAUUCUUUGUUUUGUGGGUCCCCCAGGAGUCGGUAAAACUAGUGUUGGAAGAUCUAUCGCAAAGACUUUGGGUCGAGAAUUCCACAGAAUUGCUUUAGGAGGGGUCUGUGAUCAGUCUGAUAUUCGAGGCCACAGGCGCACCUACGUUGGCAGUAUGCCUGGCAGAAUAAUCAAUGGACUGAAGACUGCUGGGGUUAACAAUCCAGUAUUCCUGUUAGAUGAAGUUGAUAAACUGGGGAAGAGCUUGCAGGGGGAUCCAGCAGCUGCCUUACUUGAGGUCUUGGAUCCAGAACAAAAUCACAGUUUCACCGAUCACUAUUUAAAUGUAGCCUUUGAUCUGUCCCAAGUCCUUUUUAUAGCUACAGCCAACACUACAGCUACUAUCCCACCUGCACUCUUGGACAGAAUGGAAAUCAUUCAAGUUCCAGGAUAUACACAAGAAGAAAAAAUUGAAAUUGCACAUAGACACUUGAUUCCUAAACAGCUUGAACAACAUGGCCUGACUCCACAGCAGAUCCAGAUUCCACAAGUAACCACUUUAGACAUAAUUACCAGAUACACUAGAGAGGCAGGAGUCCGCUCUCUGGAUCGGAAACUGGGAGCUAUUUGCAGAGCAGUGGCAGUGAAAGUGGCAGAAGGACAGCACAAAGAAACAAAGCCAGAUCGUGCUGAAGUGGCUGAAGGAGAAGAUUGCAAAGAGCAUAUCACAGAAGAUGCAAAAACAGAAUCCAUCAGUGACACAGCUGACCUGGCUCUGCCACCUGAAAUGCCGAUUUUAAUCGAUUUCCAUGCUUUAAAAGAUAUCCUGGGGCCACCUAUGUAUGAAAUGGAGGUGUCUGAACGCUUAAGUCAGCCAGGAGUAGCCAUAGGCUUGGCUUGGACUCCCCUGGGAGGAGAGAUCAUGUUUGUGGAAGCUAGUCGCAUGGAUGGAGAAGGUCAGCUUACUUUGACUGGUCAACUCGGGGAUGUAAUGAAGGAGUCAGCACAUCUUGCAAUUAGCUGGCUGCGCAGCAAUGCAAAGAGAUACCAGCUAACCAACGCUUCUGGAAGUUUUGAUCUCCUUGACAACACUGACAUCCAUCUGCACUUCCCAGCUGGAGCUGUCACAAAAGAUGGACCAUCUGCUGGUGUUACCAUAGUAACCUGUCUUGCUUCACUCUUCAGUGGGCGGCUGGUGUGUUCAGAUGUAGCCAUGACAGGAGAAAUUACACUAAGAGGCCUUGUUCUUCCAGUUGGGGGAAUUAAAGACAAAGUCCUGGCAGCACACAGAGCUGGACUGAAGAGAAUUAUCAUUCCUCAAAGGAAUGAAAAAGAUCUUGAAGAAAUUGCAAUGAAUGUACGGCAAGAUUUGACUUUUGUUAUGGCUAGUUGUCUAGAUGAAGUUCUUAAUGCAGCUUUUGAUGGAGGAUUUUCAGUUAAGCACAUAGUUGAGCGUUUGAAUAGUAAACUUUAAGCAGACAGGCUAAGAUUCCUUCUGCAUCAAAUUUUAAUACUGAUCAAUAACUAUCAACCAUAUAGCAGCUGUAACUAUCAACUUAAGUUGAUUGUUUAAAUGCAGAUGUGAAUGCAAUCAAAAUAAAACUAUUAUUUCAGCAGUUAACAUCCUGCAACCACAUUUUUAUGGGGGUUUCCUGCUUUUUACUACUGUUGGCAAAGAAACAUGGAAAAAAUACUCAUUUCUUGAUACUGAGAUUCAUACUGAGAGAUUCAAUCAGGAGAGCGCUGAAACUAUUGAAAAAACCAAUUCCCUUAGCUUAUUUGGUGUAUUUUUAUAUAAAUGUCAAUUACUGAUAACAUCUUUAAAGAGAACAAGCCCACAAAUAGGAAGUAACAUAAAAUUUGAUAAUGUGCUCAGACAAAAGUGCCCCUGCAGCAAGAGAAGCUAAUGGGGGUUGGGGGUGUUACUCCAAAAGCAAAUUGACUUGGUCCAGAGUAGAACAGUAUUUGUAUUUAGGAAAUGAAUAUUCAAGUAAUACACUAAGGACCAGUAGCAUCAUAGGAAAAAAUGCAAAGUUUUUGAGAUUUAAAAGAAAUGCUUAAAGGGUUUAAACAGAAGCAAUUUAGUCCGAAUCACUAAGUCCUUUCAGCACCUCACAAUAGUUCUGUUUGUAUUAAUGCCAAUGUAGAUGUCAUUUUUCACAAGUAAAUAUAGGAAACAACUACAGAGGAAUUUAAAUAUACUAAUUCUUGGUUAGGAAGGGAGAUAAUGCACUAAAAUUCAUGUAUGCAAAUUUGUACUUACAGCACUGGAAGUAGGCUGAGCAUAGUUGAACACUUUAUGAAAAAGAUUGAGCCUGGUAACGUUUUGGAGGGACAAAGUACAUGUCCUUUUAAAUCUUACCUGAUGCAAAACUAGGAACGUUGUUGAUUCUGGGAUGCUUAUGUUUGGAGUUUAGCCUAUAAAAAUUAAAUCGGUUUAUUUAAUUAACAGUGCCAAGAAAACUGGAUCAUUAAUAUUGAAUUAGGUACUGUGAAUUAUUUAAGGUUUAAGAAAGUCUGGCAGUAUCGCAUCUCAAGAUAGCUAUCGCUUGAUAGCUUUGUCUCUUACUUUUCACUAGGUGUUAGUGAAAAUAGAAAUUUAAACUUCCAUAAUUUAAGGUUCUUAAGUUUUUCUUUCAUUUGUACUAGAGUUAACUACAAGGAAACCAUCAUGUUACAUUCUCCUCUUACUCAUUAGUUCUGAAACAAAUUGAAAUGGGCUUAUGAAAUGCAAAUUACAUCAAUGAAAAAAAACCUAUAUAGAAGCAGCCUGUAAAUUAAAAUUGUUUGCUUUAAUUUCUGUAUAUACAAAGAAACCUGAUUUUCCUGGAAUAUAAUAGUACUGCUGUUAAUGAUACAAGAAUGGUAUUUUUGCACCUGAUUUAUAAAAGCUUUUAAAACAUUCACGGAAGACUUCUAAUAAAGCGAAAAAUAAAAAACCCAAA